ACAGCUGAUUUCUGGUUGUCAAAUGUGAAAUGAAAUAUUUGGUAAAUAUUCUAAGUAGCAAUCAUGCCAAGGAAAAGCGAGAAAGAAAAAAUUCUUAAUUAUUUGGUUGAGAAUACGGCAAAUGAUAUUCUUAAUAUAAUAGAAGUGGACGAAGAUGGUGAGGCGGUCGAUAAAAUUUUAGAUGAAUUAGAUAUGAAUGUUGAAGUAGUGCUUUCAUGCCGGCGUGGAGUUGAGCAUGAAGUCCCAAAGUCACCAGUAUGGCGAAAUGAAAUUUUGAAUAAAUUCGACGAAAACCGGUUCCGUCAAAUGCUUCGAGUAAGCAAUGCUACGUAUUCCGAAAUGCCAUUUUGCAUUGGCUAUAUUGAUGGUACGGAGAUAAAGCUAGCAGAAUCGCCAGUUAUCGAUCCUAUAUCAUUCUUUUCUCGUAAGCACAUAUACUCUAUCAAAGCCCAAAUAGUUUGCGAUUAUAAACUCAAAAUACGACACGUAAUGGUGGGACAUGUUGGCAGUUGGCAUGAUGCGAGAGUAUACCGCAGCAGCUCACUUUUCUUACAAAAAGACAAAUUUUUUUCGUCACAGCAGUGGUUAGCUGGUGACUCAGCCUAUCCUUUGUCCGAAACAAUGAUAACUCCAUUCCGAAGUAAUGCUCGAGUGCUAGACAUAAAUUCUCGAAUUAAUUUCAAUUUGCGUCACAGUAAAUUUCGAGUUCGAGUCGAGCAUUGCUUCGGCCUAUUGAAGGAGCGGUUUUGCAGUCUUAAGGAGUUCAGAGCACGCCUUAUAAAUAAAGAAAGCCACAAAUUAUGUUGUGAUUGGUUUGUUGUGUGUUGUAUAUUGCACAACAUACUACGAGAGGAUGACAGCACAAACUACGAAUAUACAAAUCUCGAUGAGGACACCACGUACACUGAUGACAACGGUGAGGAAAGCGAAGAUGUACAACCAAACAGAAAAGGGGAAACUAAACGGCUAGCAAUACAUUCAUUAAUGUUUGAAUAAACAAUAAAAAAGUUAAAUUUGGGAUUACUUCAUGUAUUUCAUUUUUAUUUCAUACAUAGCUAUUCGUUCGUCUUUUUCUAUUUCUAACCUUUUUAUUUUUUCAUCUUGCUCCAAUUUAAUUUUCUUAAGUUUUAGCUCUUCUUUUUUCAAUUCAAUUUCUGCUUUUGAUAGUUCUAGGUGCUUCUCCAACUUUUCUUUUUCAAAUUGAAGCUUUUCUUUUUCCAACUCCGUUCUGUUUUGCUGGUAAACCAUCAAACAAGCCGCUGAUGUUUUGGGAGCCUGCAUUUUCAUUUUUUUAGCCAUGGUUCUAACUGAUUGUGGAAAAUCAGCCCCAAGUGGGAGUGGUUGCUGCGAAACUGUUGGCGGUGGAACUGCUGAUGGCGAGGCUAUUGGCGGUGAUAUUGCUGAUGGCGAGGCUAUUGGCGGUGAUAUUGCUGAUGGCGAGGCUAUUGGCGGUGAUAUUGCUGAUGACGAGGCUAUUGGCGGUGAUAUUGCUAAUGGCGAGGCUAUUUGCGGUGAAAAUGCUGGUGGCGAGGCUAUUGCCGAUGAAAUUGCUGGUGGAAAGACUAUUAUUGGCGGUGAAAUUGCUGGUGGAAAGACUAUUGGCGGUGACUGUACUGGUGGAGAAAUUGUUGACGGCUGUGGCGCAAUAAGCAGCAAGUCAUUGCCCGUGUCGACAGCGCAGAAGUUAUUUUGCGCAUGCGAUUUAGCUCCAAAAAUUUUGUUUAGGCGAUUGUAAUAGGGGCACAUUUUCACAAUUUUUUCUGUAAAAGAUUUAAUCACUUAAGUUCCCAAAGCACUUUCAAUUCUUAUUAGUUACCUUCAAAACUGCCAACGCCCACAUCCAUUUCAUCAACCCCAGCGCCAGUUGAGGUGCGAUAAUCAUUCGCGUUUUUAAAAGUACUCUUUAGGUGGCGUACCUUCCACCGCAGCAGGUCCCACGUGGCUUCGAUUCCCUUAACCACAAUGCAUUUUUUGUAAAAAAAUUGUGCUGUUGGAGCCUAAUAAAAGUAAAUAAAUAAGCAUUUAUACAUUUCAAACUUCUAAAAUGUUAACCUCAAUUUCAUCUGCUUCCUCCAAGAAAUCCAAAAGCUUGUUGAUUUCUUCAUUUGUCCAUUUUUUGUUCGGUCGCUCCCUUUUCACUUUCUUAUCGCUCAUAUUGCUGUAAAUAGUUUUAUUAAGUUUUAAAUUGUUAAUUCUUUCAAAUUUCUUUUCUUACCAAAAAUUUUACCUGAUGCGCCAAAAACCGAAACAAAUAUGUAUUCAAAAGAAAUCAGCUGUUUGAAAUACAAUACUAAUUUGCACAUAUACAAUAGGGUUUGAGUGUAGCAUUUGCGUAACAGUGUUGCAUUUGCAAAACACAUGUAAUUUGUUUUUGUUUAAGAAUAUGGUGCAAAAAUAUUUUGCACUUGCACCGAAAUUUGCAUUUGCAAGACCAUUUGCACCGGAUUAUGAUUACCCCUA